GUGCUCUGAGAGCUUCUCCAUCUUGAGCAUCACAGCACUUUCCCCCCCCCCUCCCCCUCCCCCCUCCCUCGCUUUCCCUUUUCGUGGCCAUUUGCUGCUGCUCACCUGUUCUUGCCAGCCACUUUUUCGAGCUAAGCGUACUACACUGUUUAAGCUCAGCUGUUACAGUUAAUCAGCUCGCAGCAAAGCCCUUCGUGCUUGCACCCUCCUCUACCACGAGAGCUUAGCGAAGUACAGCUCGAAGCCUCAGAGGAGCUAGAGUGUGGCUUGUGGUCUUGUAGCCAAGUUUUUGCUGAUAGCAAGAGAGCCUUCGAUCCGAUUGCAGCGGCCUCCCACCGCUCCAGCUUUCCAAUCGGCGGCCAGCGCCCUCCAGUUCUCCCACUUCGCUUCAAUCCAAGAAGCGCUUCCACCUUUUUUUUUCUUCCCUUUUUUCUCCCUCAGUCCUCGCCCGUUUGUUUCCUUCCCCCAAGAAGCUUGGAGUAAGGCGCCGCCGCGGCCCACCACUCGCGGAGGUCGGUGUGCCUUGGUAGCACGCGCUGUCCCCGGGCUCCACGCAUGGCGGCAUUACAGCACCUUGGCAAGGCGGUGGACGGGAAUUUCCGGGGGGCGGCGGCGGCCGGCGGGAUGGUGCGGCCACCGCCCCCGAGCCUCAUCGCCCCGAACGGCACCGCCGCCGCCCCCAGGUCCUCCGCGCCGCCGAGCCGUCGGGAAGAGGGUGCGGCGGCGGCGAACGGCGGCCCUGACCUCCCCGCGCCCCGUUCCGUCAGCAAGCCGCCGCCUGGGAAGAAGUUUUCCACCAGAGCAGCUGGCGGCAACAAGCCCAGGAAGCCGGCGCCGCCGCUCUGGCAGUGGCAGGCUGCCUUCUUCGUCUCCUUCGCGCUCAACGUCGGGCUCUUCCUCCGCACCCACCCCUACGUCAACAGCACGGUCCCUCCGCACCACGAGGAGCACCAGCAGGCCUGCCUGAUGCAUCUCGACGCUGCAGACAACAGCGGCAGGAGAACGGCGAGGCAGCAGGAGGAGCCCGUGGCGGCCGGGGCGCCGUCGACGGGCAAGCCGGCGGUGACGCCGGAGUCCGUGAUCAACCUCGACCACGGUGACCCGACCAUGUUCGAGGAGUUCUGGCGCGGGACGGGUUCGGCGGCGGAGAUCGUCAUCCCGGGGUGGCAGACCAUGAGCUACUUCUCCGACGUCGGCAACGUGUGCUGGUUCCUGGAGCCCGGCUUCGACCACGAGGUGCGCCGCCUCCACCGCCUCGUCGGCAACGCCGCCGUCGACGGCUACCACGUCCUCGUCGGCACCGGCUCCACGCAGCUCUUCAUGGCCGCGCUCUACGCGCUCUCGCCGCCAGCCGCCGCCGGCGCCGGCGCGCCCAUGAGCGUCGUCUCCACCGCGCCUUACUACUCGUCCUACCCUGCCGUCACCGACUUCCUCCAGUCGGGGCUCUUCCGGUGGGCCGGCGACGCCAACUCGUUCAAGGGCGACGCCUACAUCGAGCUGGUGUGCUCCCCGAACAACCCCGACGGCACCAUCCGGGAAGCUGUCCUGUCCUCCGAGUCCGGCAAUGGCAUAGCCGUCCAUGACCUGGCCUACUACUGGCCCCAGUACACCCCCAUCACCAAGCGCGCCGACCAUGACAUCAUGCUCUUCACCGUGUCCAAGAGCACAGGGCACGCCGGCACGAGGAUCGGGUGGGCGUUGGUGAAGGACCGCGACGUCGCGAAGAAGAUGACCAAGUUCAUCGAGCUCAACACCAUCGGCGUGUCCAAGGACUCGCAGCUGCGCGCCGCCAAGGUGCUCAGGGCGGUCUCCGACGCCUACGAGCUCCCGGAGGCGAGGGAGGAGCACCGCCUGUUCGACUACGGGCGCCGCAAGAUGGCGGAGCGCUGGAGCAUGCUGCGCGAGGCCGCCGCCGCGUCGGGCAUCUUCAGCCUGCCCGACGAGACCUCCGGCCACUGCAACUUCGCCAAGGAGACGGCAUCCACUAACCCUGCGUUCGCAUGGCUGCGCUGCGACAGGGAGGACGUGGAGGACUGCGCGAGCUUCCUCCGGGGCCACAAGAUCCUGACCCGGAGCGGGAGCCAGUUCGGAGCGGACCCGAGGUACGUCAGGGUCAGCAUGCUGGACAGAGACGACGCCUACGACAUCUUCGUGAGGCGCCUCGCCUCGCUCAAGUGAAGUGAUCGAGGAGGACGACGCGUGGUUCGACCAUCGAUGCCGCACACCUCCGGAUGUGGCGUCGCCGCGUCGGCAUGCCCGUGGGAGCAUGAGUAGAGCAGAAGUAUCAGUAGAGUAGGAAAGAAGCGGAAGAGGAGCAGCGUUUUGUUUUGCUCUUCUGCUGUGUGUUGUGUUGUGUUGUUGGGGAUGUAGCAGCAUCUCGAAAAUUUCUUAUAAAGGUUUUUCAUUUUUUCCUUCUUGCUAAUUGCUAGUAUGUGAGACUGAACUGACGUAACAAAAAAGAUCGAACUGGAAA